AUAAUCUAUUAGUUGCAUCAUCUACUGUUACAUCGAAAACGCCUCGUCAUGCCAGACAUUUUGUUUCAACUCAUAUAAAACCCGCGCAUUGAAUCAGCUGCUUAUAUUAUUGUGAAGCACAGCACACAAUACACAUUUGUAGAUUUACGGUACACUUGUAUUUAUCGCCAAGUCAAAUUUUCGUGUAAUCAUACGAUAUUAUCUCUUAAUAUAUAAAAUAUUAAAUUUGUAAAAUUAGAAAAGAAGAAAAGAUUAUGUCGGAGAUAAAAGUGCUAGAAGGUGGGGCCACACAACUGUUCACCAACGCAGGUGGAGAGACCGAUGGUGAUCCUCUAUGGGCCGCACGUUACCUCGUAACGAAACCGGAGGCUAUCUUGGCCACUCACUUGGAUUUCUUGCGUGCUGGAUCGGAUAUCAUACGAACAGUCACGUAUCAAGCGACGAUUGACGGUUUUGUAAAAUAUCUAGGCAUCACCAAGGAAGAGAGUCUAGAGAUCAUUCGUAAAGCCGUCGAUUACGCUAAAGAAGCUGUAAAGAUUUAUACUAAAGAAAUAGAGACUAAUAAAAACGUGACGAACCAAAAACCAUUGAUUGCUGGAUCUUGUGGGCCUUACGGCGCUUCUUUGCACGAUGGUUCAGAAUAUACUGGUUCGUAUUGUACAAGUGUAUCGCGAGAAUUUUUAAUGGAUUGGCAUAGACCUCGCGUACAAACAUUGCUAGAGAAGGGUGUGGAUAUAUUAGCAAUGGAAACGAUACCUUGCGCUCGCGAGGCAGAAGCUAUAAUCGAUCUACUCAAGGAAUUUCCGGAUGCGCGUGCAUGGCUGUCCUUCUCUUGUAAAGAUGGAAAGAGCUUGGCAGACGGCAGCAACUUUCAAGAAACUGCUGUGAGGUGUUACAAAAACGCGGCACCCGGACAAAUAUUAGCUAUUGGCACUAAUUGUAUCGCUCCAAAAUAUGUUACCUCUCUAUUCCAAGGCAUCAAUAGAGACAAGUCAGAUGAUUUUAUACCAUUGGUAGUAUAUCCUAACAGCGGAGAAAAAUAUACGGAAUCCGAAGGGUGGAAGAAGGAAGGAGAUGCUCCCACUUUGCACGAGUUCAUUGAUGAAUGGCUGAACCUUGGCGUUCACUACAUUGGUGGAUGUUGCAGGACAUGUGCUACAGAUGUAAAACUUAUAAGAGCUAAAGUAGAUCAGCGAUUUAAACAUUAAUUUAAUGAUUAUAUAUCGAGAAUGCUAUCGCACACAACUUUUAUGAUAAUAUAUAAAGCAUUAUAUUUUUCAACAUCAUAUUUUUCAGUA